AUGGCCGCCACUACGACAACGCGCAACUGGCGCGACUAUCUCUAUCUCGCCUUCUUCUCCAUCUCCUUCAUCUCCAUGUUCUUGGUGGACCUCGUCGAAUUCCAGCCUACCUUCUUCCGCCUCUUCACCACCCUCGAGCUCGUCUACCAGCUGCCCGCCGCCUUCUGGAUCCUCCGCCGCUUCUCCCGCGACGGUCGCCGGCCCACGGCCACGGGCAAGACUGGUGGCACCACUCCGGCCCUGGAACUCAUGUGUCUCGUGUACGGCGUCCAGUGCGCUCUCACCACGCUUACCUGCAUCUACGACUGCUGGCACUGGGAGGGCGAGCUGUACACCUGGGACGUCAAGAAGCAACUCAUCUUUAACCUCUACAUGCCCUGGUUCAUUAUUCCCCUGGGUAUGUCGCUGGACAUGUACACAAGGCUCUUGGGUAGGCUCAAUGGCCAGGAUGGAGGACGAUCAAAGGUGCAGUGA